UUUGCAGGUGGAGCCGAUUUAGCAGGAACAACCUUUGCAACAGUUUUUGGAGCUGGUUUUUCAUCUUCACUCGAGUCAUCAGAAUCUUCAUCGCUUGAAUCCUUCUUUUUUGCCGCUGCUUUAGCAGGAACAACUUUAGGAGCAGCUUUCGGUGCUGGCUUUUCAUCUUCACUUGAGUCUUCAUCGCUUGAUUCCUUUUUCUUUGCCACUGCUGCCGAUUUUGCUGGUGUAGCUUUAGCAGGAACAACUUUAGGAGUAGCUUUCGGUGCUGGCUUUUCGUCUUCACUUGAAUCAUCAGAAUCAUCACUGGAUUCCUUUUUCUUUCCGUUUCCGUUUGCUAUAGCUACAUUUUUACCAUUUGCCACUUUUCCAUUCUUUACCGGUGCUGGUUUUUCAUCUUCACUUGAGUCUUCAGAAUCUGAAUCUUCUGAA